AUGAAAGUGGUUCCUUAUGCAUCACUUGUGGGUAGCCUGAUGUAUGCUCAAGUAUGCACACGCCCUGAUAUUACUUUUGUUGUUGGCGUGUUAGGUAGAUACUUGAGUGAUCCUAUACUUAGCCAUUGGAAAGGAUCUAAGAAAGUCAUGCGGUAUCUUCAAGGAUGCGUGGUUGAUAAGAAAUCCACAUCAUGCUACAUUUUUAUGAUGGCUAGAGGAGUUGUUUCGUGGAAAAGUGUCAAACAGACACUCACAACAUCCUCAACAAUGGAGGCAGAGUACAUGACAUGUUGUGAGGCUACAUGUCAAGUAAUAUGGCUGCGGGACUUCAUUUCAGCAUUGGGUCUUAUGAACUCUAUCUCGAGCCCGCUGAAAUUGUAUUGCAAUAAUUCCGUAGCAGUAGCUUUCUCUAAAAAUGUUAGAAGUACUUCCCGCUCUAAACACAUUGACAUAAAAUACUAUUUUGUUAAAGAGAAAGUUACAAAGUCUCUUAUUUCUAUUGAAUACACGCCUAGCACUGGCAUGUUAGCUGACCCACUAACGAAAGGCUUACCCAUAUGUAUAUUUUUGGAGCAUGUUGCUCGAAUGGGAUUGUUAGGAGCCUAA